CCGGCGGCGCUCAACCGACGACGACGUUGGCAACUCGUUGAUUCUCUGGACAUUUCGACACUCCUUUGCGACCGAUGCUCGACCGCCUCGACAGUGGCCCGCUACUCGCGGUCGCCUCGUUCGUGCAGGAGCCAGCGCAGGUGGCCGCGCUCUUGCACGCAUGUCCGACGCUGAGCCCGAGUCUCGUGUGCCUGCGCGAGCUUGCGACGAUGUUGCCGCCCAGCGACGUCUGGCCGGACUUGUGCUUGCGCAAGUCGGGACUGCCGACGUCAGUGCUGGCGCCUCUCUUGCAUGGCAGCAUCGGGCUCUAUCGCAGCGUCAAAGUCUACGACCUCGGACUGACGGAUAUGGUGGCGGCGGCCGCGCUACCGAGCACGCGGAUACUCGUGUACGAUACUGCUGCCCCUAGCAACUACCAUCUCGUGGCGCUGCAGACGUUCGCGAAUCACCUCACGUCCAGCUACUUGAAUCUCCAGAGCUUUUCACCCACUAAAGUCGUCGCGGCCGCGGCAGCGCUCCGCCAGUGCCAUAACCUCACGCACUUCAAGCUCGCGUGGACAUCGCCAACGAACGCUGUGCCCGUGCUUGCAGCACUUCCGAAGCUCACCCGCUUCACACUCGGGUAUACGCAUUUGCUGCACCAACCCAUGCGCCUGACAACAGCGGACGAAGUGCAGCUGGCGACGUGGGUGACGGCGCAAAGCGCUCAAGAGCUCGAGAUUGCUGGUGUAGCACCGACGUCUGGCGUCUUUCCCACGGCGUUGCAGCUCGCACACAGCCUCGAGGCGCUUCUCGUCACGAACGCGCCAGAAAUGUGCGUCGUCCUCUUGAACGGCGCGCCUCUGCCGCGAGGCCUACGUCGGCUUGAGCUCCACUGCACGGGGCUCAAGGCCGCCGACAUGCCCAACCUCAGUCUCGCUUUGGACGGCGCCCCCCAGCUCCAGACACUCCGUCUCUCCAACAACUACCUUGGCGUUAUGGGGAUGCGACUGCUCGCGCCGCGCCUCGAACGCCUCUGUAGCCUGACGCACCUGAUGCUGGCCUCGACGUUUCUGAUGGAUGAAGGCUGCCACUGGGUUGCCGCCAGCCUCCGCCACAUGCCGCGUCUGCGGUGCCUCGACGUCUCGAUGAACUUUAUCGGCAACGCGGGGGCGACCGCGCUCGCGAGUGGCCUCCCAAAUACGCUGACGCACUUGACGCUCAAGCUCAACCGACUCGGCGACGACGGCCUCGACGCGCUGGUCCGUGCUGGCAUCCACUCGCUCACGCAGCUCGACGUGUCCAACACGCUCGUGACGACGGCGGGCGCGCAAAAGAUCGUGCGUGCGCUGCCUGGCUCGCGCCUCCGCGUCAACCUCAGCCGCGUCGACAUGACGAUUGCGGACGUGGCCCUGUGCCAGCGCCAGGCGGGCGCGAUCGGCGUGGCGGGCCGCGUGACGCUAGCACCCAAAGACCGCCCGUAGCUUACUUAUGUAGUAAUAGCAGCCCAUGACACGGAAAGGCCAGAUUGCAGUUGGGUG